GGAGAAAUAGACUAAUUCAUUUCCAUUCAUGAUCCCUAGCUUAUAAGACAUCCUGAAUUUAUACUAGUUAGUAUCCGUACAGAAAGAAAAUUAUUUAAUCUCUGAGGACUAAACAGCAAUAGUGACAAAAAUAAGAAGUGGGCUGGUUGGGCCGCCAAUUCGGUGGUAGUUGGGCCCUCUUUCUGGGCUUUCUGAGCUCCUCUGCUGCUUGUCGGUUAUUCGGACUCGGGUCCGUCCUUCUCCGCACUACCCACAACCCGGCAGGUCUUGGGUUCGCCAUUUCGCCCCGAUCCGAGCCCCGCUUCGCCCGAUCCAUGCUUAACGGUAAGUGGGCGUCGGUUCCGGCCUUCUCCGCAUCAUCCACCACCCGGCGGAUAUCGGGUCCGCGUUUUACGCCCGCUCCGGUGAUCCGACCGCCCGAUCCGCCAGCUCUCUUCUUCGCCCCAAUUACCCAGGUUCUGUCGGGCUUCCUUCUCCGACCUCGAUCCUCCCAUUUCCCCUUCAGCUCCGACGAUGCCCUAGCCCCGCCGGUUCACCCUGCCGGAGUUCCGCCUGACGCCCUUCUCCGUGCUAUCCUCCGCCAGCGCCUGAGCCCCUUCGGAGGCGCUUCCCACCGGACCACUCCGCCGAGCUCGCUCCUCUCCCACCUCCUGCUGUCACUUCCCUGCUCUACCUUAGGUGGUGCUGCUGCUGGGGUCGAUGUGGAAGACAACGACGGAGCCGGUGAGAGCGGGGAUGACCUGGGCCCGGUCCGAGAAGUCGACCGGGAGGUGAAACUGGCCGGGUGAACCGGGUUGGUGGACCGGUCCCGGGGAAGGGGAGGGAUGGGCGACGCGGACGGCCCAGUGGUCGGAAGAGACGAGCGCGGCGCCGAGGGAGCGGUCGAGGAAGCUGGACCGGCCGAAGCUGACGGCGAAGGGGAUCCGGUUCGGCUCAGCCACCAGUGUAUCGGGUUCGGAGAUCGCCAUUGAGGGGGAUUGAAGGGGGAUAGAGAGGGAGGGGUAGGGGGAACGAGGGAGAAAGGGAGGAGGAAGGGUAACGAGAAAGAGAAAACGGCGCCGUUAAGUGUUCGUAACGGCGUUUCUCACGCACGCGCUCGUGACGACCUGUUUCGUACCAAAUCACAUACAAUGGAAUCAAAAUUUUCAACCAUGUGAUUCAAAUUUAGUGAUGCG